UUUAACAACUUCGAAUUUUGAAUUUGAGAGUGUAAAUGAUGAGUUUGAUGAGCAAUUAGACAAUGAGUUUGGCAAACAAUUAGAACUUUAUAAAGGACAAAGGUUUAAAAUGGUUAAAGAAGCUUAUACUAUAGUUAAAUUAUUUGCUUAUUUAAAUAGAUUUAGAAUUAGAAAAGGAUAUGUUGAAAAAGACGCAACUGGUAUAUAUGAAAUUUCAAGAUCAUUCAUAUAUUAUCAUGCUGAUAAACUACAAAAUAAAGACAAAUCAUACAAAACUAAAGGAUCUGGUUCAUGCCAAACUAAUUGUAAAUAG